AUGGACGACCCUCCGAAGAAGCAGCAGAGGAAGAGACCGAAGAAGCCAGUUCCUGGCUCCACCGACGACCCGGAGUCCAGACGAGCCCUGCAGCACCACCCACGUGGACGGCAACCACGCACCGGCAGAUCGCCUCCUGCCUUGCGAUGGAAGCGCGUUCUCCAAGCACGUUCGCCACGUGCUCUGUCGGCUGACUCGACGAGCUCCGCUCCGUCAUGCUCGCCCACGCAAGCGAGUGCGACGCCAUCCGCACGCGCCCCACCUGCCUUGGACACUCCCUUCCGCGCAUUUCCUUUCGAUGCGCCGAAGACGACUGCCAGCGGCCACCACGCCGCACCGUCCGCUUCAACGGACACCACCGAGGAGGCCCCCACUUCGGCUGCCUCUACCGACGACGGUGCCAGCUGCCCGUCGACCGGCGACACCAAAGAGAGUGCCGGCACUUUCUUCUCGCCAACCGCAAGCAUGAUUGGUGCCGACACUACGUCAUCCCGCACGGACGCGAUCACGUCACCCGAGGCAAGUCCUGUCCGCCCGGAGAGCCCCUCGCUUUCGUCACCUCCGCUCAACACCACGGAGUCGACCGCACCAGACGAGGGUCCCUGCGCGACGGCGGUGGUGCCUCCCGUCGGUGACGAGGAUCCCGCCGACGGCCCCUCGUCCAACGACAGCCGGCCGAGAACGCCUACUCCAGUUGCUGAGGGAACAGGGCAGCACUUGCUCAGGAACUCUCCGCUGCCGCUCGCGGCCGCCGAGGACGCCCAAGCCUGCCAGUCGGCAGCUGUACAUCUUAAACACGCCGCAAGAAUGAGACACCGUUUCCGACGGUUCGUCGACUUCGAGCCUAACACCCCACCCGCUGACGGCGGUGUCGCUCAUGAUACCACCGUCACGGUUCUCUACCGGCCCAUGGAGCGCAAAGCCACUUUCUUGGCCCUCUCGCGGCACAGUAUCGCCGCUCAGCUGUGCUCCGUACCAGGCGUGAGACGCGUUCGCGUCAACUUCCGUCGUAACGUGGUGGCUGCAGAUGUGACGCGUGACCCUCCUCGAACUGUGCGACAUCGUGACGAAUCGUCACUAUCACCUUUGUCGGGAGCGUCGUACCAACCAACGUUCGGCUCUUCAAACAACUGCGCGCCGUCCGUGCUCGACUGCCCCGGCCACUUCAAUGUGACCGCUUCGGCGUCUUCGGCCACGCCGGCGCCACCUGCUUCCGCGACGCCCGCUGCCUCCGCUGCGGCGUGUUUUAGCGAGCUCGAUUGGUCCAUCUCUUCACCGUCUGAAGAGCUGGGCAGCGGGACUGCGACCCUUUCAGCAAGGGAUCCGUCCUGCGUCAGAGACAGGGUGUUCGCCGGCGUCGGCUCCACAGCUACUGCAGGAGCCGCUGGGAUCGUGGUGCUGUCAAGUGGGACCCCAGGCUGGGCGACAACCGCAGGAUGA